AUGUCCAACAAGCAUUUCAUCAAUGACGCAGCAGACCUAGUCGCAUCAGCACUUCGAUCAGUGCCCGUCACAAACCCUGCUCUCAAGCUAGAUGAGGAAAACAAAAUCGUAUACUCGAAGCACAACGCUGCUGACACCGUCGCGAUUGUCUCCGGCGGAGGUGCUGGUCAUGAACCCAGUUUUGUCAGCUUCGUUGGCAGCGGCAUUCUCCGUGCUGCUGUCUCAGGAUCGAUUUUCGCCAGUCCAAGUGUCAGACAGAUCUAUAACGCCAUCAUGCACCGUGUGAAUCCCAAUAAUGGGGUGUGUAUGAUUGUUAUGAACUACACCGGCGAUGUUCUCCAUUUUGGGUUGGCGAGCGAAAAGGCCAAGGCCGCUGGCCUAGAUGUCGAGAUGGUAGUAGUCGGCGACGACGUCGGUGUUGGGCGUGAAAUAAACGGCAAAGUUGGCCGCAGAGGUAUCGCUGGUACGGUGCUAGUCCACAAGGUCGCUGGGGCGCUAGCAGUCGCAAAGGGCAGCUUGCAGGAAGUGACGGAGGUCGCAAGGUUGGUGAGUGCUAAUUUGGGGUUCAAGAGGAUUCCAAUCCCACCGCUCGGUGAACUUGUCAGUUUGCUGUUGAAACAAUUAUUAGAUUCAAGCGAUAAAGACCGCGGAUACCUGGAAGAAGUAGAGAAGAACGAGGGAUGGGUCCUGUUGGUUAAUAAUUUAGGGGGUGUCAGCCCCCUAGAGAUGGGAGGUGUCACUGCAGAAGUCGUCAAACAACUUGACGCGACUUAUGGUAUUGAGCCAAAAAGAGUAUUUAGUGGAACCUAUAUGACCAGCUUGAAUGGGAAUGGUUUCAGCAUUAGUCUUCUGAGACUGGUUGAUACCGGGCUUGGGAAAGGGAAGAGCAUGCUAGAACUUCUGGAUGCGCCAUGCGAAACAAUCGGAUGGCCGAUGAUUGUCAAGCCUGAAACUUGGGAUAACAAAGUCAAGGGCGAGGUGGCCGAGAAGAUUGCAGAUGAUGAGAGAAUACCAUCUUCAAAAUUGAAAAUGGAUACGGCUAUCUUUUCGAAGAUACUGACUGCAGGGUUGAAAAAUCUCAUUGAGGCUGAGCCAGAGAUCACAAAGGCCGAUGACAUCGUAGGUGAUGGUGACUGUGGGCUCGCGCUUAAGUCGGGUGCAGAAGCGGUACUCAAGUUCAUUGAUUCCGGGAAGGUUGUCCCAGAUGCAGUCAUCACCGUCGCAAAGCUUGCGGAGAUAGUGGAGGAGCAUAUGGAUGGUACUUCAGGGGCCAUUUACUCAAUCUUUCUCAACUCACUUGCGAAAGCGCUCCGGAGGAGCGGGGAAGAGAACGCAACACUCAAGACAUGGGCAACUGCCGCAAUGGCUGCUCUGGUAUCUUUAAGGAGAUACACCCCUGCACAGCCAGGCGAUAGGACCUUGGUUGAUGCACUACAGCCUUUCAUUGUUGCACUUGCGGAGGAUAAAGGGUUGGUUACUGCAGCAAAGGCCGCAAGAGAAGGCGCAGAUAGUACAAAGGGGAUGAGACCACGUCUGGGAAGAAGCGUCUAUGUUAGUGAGGUUGGGGAUACUCUGGAUCCUGGUGCUGUGGGAAUUGCGGUCUUGGUUGAGGGUUUCGCGCUGUAUAAGUAA